ACUUCUUUAUAAAGGAGAUAAGCGUCACAGUAUGAAGUUAGUGAGAACUUGGUUAACAAUGAGAAAACCGGUCGUGACUGUGCAGCAAGGGAAAUUAGAAGGUGCAGAGCUGAAAAGUGCCCUAGGAUUAUCAUAUUUAGCUUUCAGAGGGAUACCUUUCGCUGCUCCUCCUGUCGGAGACCUCAGAUUUAAGGAUCCUCAACCACCUUUGCCAUGGACUGGUAUCAAGGAUAUUUCCAAAGAACAAAAAUACAUCGCCCCACAGAAGGAAGAACUUGCUCCUUUCAAUAUUAUAGGCGAUGAGGAUUGCCUUUAUUUGAACGUGUACACGAAUUCCCUCAAUCAAUCAAAACCUGUUAUGUUCUGGAUUCACGGAGGUGCAUUUCUAGUCGGCAAUUCGAGUUUCUGCGAGUCAAGACCUGAUUAUCUACUCGCGAAGGACGUUGUAGUUGUUUCAGCUAAUCACAGACUUGGCGCAUUCGGAUUUUUAAAUUUGGGUCACCGAGUCGCUCCAGGAAAUUUCGCCGUGAAAGAUAUAAUCGCGGCUUUGGAGUGGGUCAAGGAAAAUAUUGCCAACUUUGGUGGAGAUCCCGAUAAUGUUACGAUUUUUGGAGCCAGCGCUGGAGGAGCCUUAGUUCAUUCCUUACUCAUAUCACCUCGCGCGAGAGGAUUGUUUCACAAGGCGAUUUUGCACAGUGGAACACUGUAUUGCCCUUGGACAACUGAAAGCACGAAAACUCGUACUGCAUACGGUUUUAAGCUUGCUUCAAUCCUUGGAAAAGAUACCACUGAUCCUGUCGAAGCUGUCGAAUUUUUACGAACGGUCCCCGCUGAGAACAUCGUGAAAGCUCAAGCAUCCAUUUUAUCUUCAGAGGAAAUGAAAGCUUUUACCCUUGUUUACGGAGUUGAUCACGACGAAGUUGCGGAAAAUCCUGUUUUAUCACAACCGAUCGAACAAUUACUUGCAAAUGAUGCAAACGUGCCUGUAAUUAUUAGUUACUCGGAACAUGAAUAUAUCAUGUUCCUGAAAGAUAAAAGCGAAAAAACGAUGGCGGAGAUCAAUCGGUAUCUGUAUACGCAUGUGAACAACUUGAGAUCAUCGAUGAAAUUAGAGGAUGCAGAAGUUGAAAAAUUAUUCGAGAUGAUAAAAGAUCAGUAUUUCGAUGGAAAACCAGUCACCGAGGAAACAUUGCUCAACUUCUCAAAAUUGUUUUCUCUUAUUUAUUUCGGCAUUCCCGCGCUGACGUUGCUAAAGGAUCGAGUGAAAAGAACGACUGCGCCUAAUUAUAUUUGUGUAUUUUCGUACGUUGGCAAUGAGAAAACCUCAACGGAUCGCUUAGUGAAACGACAGAUUUCUGGAGCUUCCCAUGUAGAUGAGAUCGCGUACUUAUUGUAUUUACCGAAAUGUAAAAUUGAAAAUCCUGAUCCACCAGCGAUUGGUACGAAAGACAGGAUUACGUUAGAACGAAUAACUAGAAUGUGGACCAAUUUUGCUAAAACAGGGGAUCCUACUUCAGUUAAAGACGAGUAUGUCAAUGUCACUUGGAAACCUGCAACGUCGAAAGAGCUCUGUCAGUUGAAAAUUGGCGACGAAUUACAGUUACUGCCUCUUCCGCAAGAUAUUUUAUUUCCAUAAAUAGAUUUCAAUCGAUUCUCUUAUUAUUUCAAUUAUUUUUUGAAGAAUUUUUAUUUUUUUUUUAAUCACAUAACUUAUAGUAAUACAUGUAAUCGUUUUCUUACGUUUAAAAGAAAGACGAAAGGUGUAAAGGAAAUAAUAAAUACAUUACACAUUGUAUAA